AUGAAUGAUGUUGAAUCUCUGGAUGACUACUUGACUCGAUUUUUUGAAACUGUAAACAACCUGAAAUCUCUAGGAGAAGAUGUAACAGAGAAAAGGAUUGUUCAAAAAUUGUUGAUGAGUCUAAGUAGGAGGUACAAGUCCAUAGUGUCAAUCAUUGAAGAAACCAGAGACCUUGACACUAUUAGAGUUGAAGAAAUUCUUGCAUCUGUCAAAGUCUAUGAUAAGAGAGAGGAUCUACAUGAUGAAAGGGAUAAAUUGGCAGGAACUGAGAAAGCUUUUAGCAGUCUUAGAGUUGGAAAUAAUCAAGCUUCUAGAGCUAACAAAAGUUCUUAG